AUGGCUGAUUUAAAUAAAGCUGGACCUUCAGGCGUAAAAAGACGUAAGACCGUGAAAGUGAGAAAUGAAAAAAAUCUGAGUGUUGAGGAAUUUAUGCAGUUUUUAUAUAAUUCAGACUCAGAUGAAGAUUAUGAAGACUCUGAUGUAGAUAACUUUGAAAUUGAAAAUGUUUCGGAAGACUCUUCUGGAAGUGAUACUGAGGAUGAUGUACUACAGAACGAGUUAAAUAAUACCGUUGCAGAUAAUCCUGACGUACAGAUUACAGACAAUGAAUGGACCGAAACAACUAGCGGUAUGAAACAAAUUCCAUUUACAAAAAGAAGUGGAUUGUUAGUCGAUAGUCCUGGUGAUAGUGCGUACGAUUGGUUUAGGCUGUUGUUUGACGAUGAACUUUUAAAUAUGAUUGUCUUACAAACUAACAGUUAUGCAGUUGAAGUUCUUUCUACCAGCAAAGGAUGUGACCGUUCAAGGAUUUCCCUAUGGAAGGAAUUAACAGUAUCGGAAUUGCUAAUAUUUAUUGGAUUAACCUUCCAUACAGGAACAAUCCAAUUGACUAGCAUACAAGACUACUGGAAGAAAAAUAGAUUAUUUUCGACUUGUUUUUCUUCAUACAUGAGUAGAGACCGCUAUUUGCUUAUAAUGCGAUGCCUUCAUUUUGCCGAAAAUGUAAAAGAAAAUGAACCAGUUCCAGUAGAUCGACUAUAUAAGGUAAGACCCUUGCUAGAUCAUUUUAAUAACAAAAUGAAGACGGUAUACUAUCCAGGAAAGUAUUUAUCUCUAGACGAAUCUAUGAUCUUGUGGAAAGGAAAACUGGUAUUCAAGCAAUAUCUCCCUAAGAAACGACAUAAGUAUGGAGUAAAGCUUUAUAUGCUGACAGAAGCCGAUUCAACAAUUUUGGAUAUCCAUAUAUAUGCUGGUGCAGGUGAUGCAACUGCUGGUAAGUCUCAUACAGAAAGAGUGGUGCUACACCUAAUGCGUAAUUUUUUCGACCAUGGACAUUCGCUUCAUAUGGACAACUAUUACAAUAGUUAUAACUUGGCCAAAUUACUACUGGAUAAAAAUAGUUUUUGUACAGGCACUCUGAGAAAAGAUAGGAAAGGCUGUCCAAAAAACGUCGUAGACGCAAAGUUAAAAAAAGGCCAGACCAAAAGUAUGUACCUCAACAACGUAAUGGUUGGAAAAUGGCGAGACAAAAGAGAUAUCAUUUACAUUUCAACUGAAUAUAAAAAUGAGAUGGUAACCGUAAGAAAUAGACGAGGGGAUGAGAAAAUUAAACCACUGCCAAUCAUUCAAUAUAAUAAAUAUAUGGGCGGAGUAGAUCUUCAAGACCAAAUGUCUUCUUAUUAUCCGCCGACACGCAAAACUUUACGUUGGUACAAAAAAAUUGGCAUACAUCUGUUUCAGCUAUAUUUGCCAAAUGCUCAUAGAUUGUAUAAUAAGUACCACGGAAAUAACAAAAUGUCAUAUUAUAAGUUUCGAUUGUCAAUACUUGAAAAGUUAUUACCAGAAAAAUGUCAAGGAACAGCAGUUGUAACGGCAGAAGUAGCAGUUACUUCGGGUGUAAACCACACACCUUCAAAAAUUGAGUUACAUAAUGAACAUGGUAAAACUCUUAGAAAAAAAUGUCGGACAUGCAAUAAAAAUAAGAUACGUAAGGAUACUAUUUAUCAUUGUCAAGAAUGUCCCGAUAAACCUGGCCUCUGCUUAGGCAAAUGUUUCAGAGAAUAUCAUGUAUCAAUAUAG